AUGGCCGCUCCAUUGAAGGUGAUCAUCGUCGGAGCAGGUAUUGGUGGCCUGACUGCCGCUGCUGGGUUACGCAAGGAAGGGCACGAAGUCAUACUGCUCGAAAGGUCACAGCUCGCUCAGGAGUCAGGGGCUGCGAUGCACCUUGCACCUAAUUGUCAUGGGAUUCUCAAGAGAUUCGGCAUUUUCCCGGAAACAGUUGGAGCCAACAGAACACAAGGGAUCACCGAAUUUGAGCACACAGGUGACUUGCGUGCCACGAUAGACCUACAACAAGCAAACUCGAUAUGGCAGCAUCCCUGGGUUCUUUGCCACCGCGUCAAACUUCAUGAGGCACUGAAAGCAAAGGCGACCAUGGACGAUGAUGAAGGACCUGGUGCCAUUCUCAGAAUCUCAAGCCGAGUUGUUGACGUCGAUCCCUCCAAGAUGACUGUUACGUUAGAGAAUGGAGAUCAACUCUCCGGUGACCUGAUUCUUGGAGCAGACGGCGUUGGGUCCGUUGUGAGAAAAGCUGUGGUUGGCAGCCAUAUCAAACCUUUCAAUGCUGGUAAAGGAGCAUUUAGGUUCUUGAUUCCGAAGCAGCAACUUUUUGAUCACCCCGCCACUCGCGAAUUAGUCUCAAAGCCUGGCUAUAUGACCUUUUGGUACGCCAACGACCGUCGGCUCGUCAUGUAUCCGUGUGACGAUAACAUGACUAUGAACUUCAUAGCCAUGCACCCCUACGAGCUUUCUGCCUCGGAAGCAUAUGGAUUCAGCCAUAGAGGGAGCAAAGAAACACUACUGCGAGUGUAUAAAGACUUCUGCACAGUAGUCCAGACCUUGCUUGAUAUGGUGGAUGAGGAAUCGCUCAAACUUUGGACCCUGCUCGAUAUGGACCGAAUACCCCGUUGGUUUAAAGGGGGAGUAGCAUUGCUUGGCGAUGCAGCACACCCAUUCCUUCCUUGCGGUGUUGCUAUAGAAGACUCUGCUUCCAUCUGCGCUCUGUUUCCAAGAAACACUGCAAAAGAACAAGUUACAGAAAUACUAGCUCUAUACGAAAGAAUUCGAGACGAGAGGGCACAUAGAAUACAGGCCGCUACUCGAUCGCUAGGAACGGACUUAGACGAGGAUAAAGCAAAUAACACGGACAACGUGGUUGAGACAACACGCUACAACUUCGGGCAUGACGAAUGGCACAACUCCAAGGAUGCGCUGAGGAGGUGGAUUUCGUCACGUAACGAGUCUUCAUUGUUGAGACGACCCACCUCCUUCUGGCCAGUAAGUAACUUAGAAAGCCACGGCUUACCUCAGUCAACACGCCCUACAGAGUCGUACUUUCUCAAACAGACGGUCCGUUUCAAGACUUCUGCUACGUAUCUUCGGGCGCUAUUCCCGACUCCCAACUUCAAGUUCUCGUCGCCUGGCACAGUUGUUGAAGCAACAUUCCAAUGCCUUGAGCUUCGUGAUCAAAUAAAAGAUGGCCGAUCGGCAUACAGGUCGUUUGUUCUUCAGGUUCAUGGCGUCCAGUUUACGAAGUGGGAUGGCACGAAACUUGACGGUUCUUUCACACCUGUCAUGUUUGAAUCACUUCCCAACAUCGUCAUUUCUCAUCGCGAGGAACUUGGACUCCCCAGCUUCCACUGCGAUAUUGAAGUUGUGGAAAGCAACAAGACUUCUCGCAUCACCUGCAGUCUGAUGGGGAAGAGCUUUAUCGGCCUGCAGUUAAACGCCUUGCAAGAAGCCGCUCCAGAAACAUCCACCGAGACUUCAUGCGAUAACCAAUUCGCUUACAGAUACGUCCCUGCUGUGGGGACGAAAGAUUUCGCGGAUGCAGAGUAUCCUAUUCUUUUACGCGGUCACCAGAUGGACGCCACUCGAAAGCUGGAAAGAACGCUCAGAGGCACAAGUGCUGUUAUCAACACUUCGAAGGGGACUUCCAAAGAUAUGCCUGCAUUUAAUUGUGUGACGACCGGACUGUCGGAAUUACCGAUUUACGGGAUUGUCGAAGCGAAGCUGGAACAGGGGCAUGGGGUGGUCACUUCCUUGCAGGCAGAGCGGAUUGAAUAG